AUGCAAGGCUCUUUUUAAGUUUAGGAAGCCAUUGCUUACAUAUUUAGUUAAGUUAAGGAUGUAGAUGAAUAAAUCUUAGGUGUCGUAUUAGAAAUGCUUCUAAAAGAUAAAGCUUAAGAUUGUAUUAGAUAUCUUUCUAAUAAUGGAAAUCAAAAGUAUUUAGAAUCAUAAAUCUUAUAACAAGUAGAGAAUAACAGCUAAAUUGAUAAAUAAUAAUAAUUGUCUGUUAUUGGAAAUGACAUGAAAUUAAUUACAGCUGGCAUAAAAAAAUUAAAGGAUCAUGACUUCAAUUAUAAAGACUUUUCCUCUGAAGAAAAUGAAGAAUCUACAUUAAGUAUUAUCAAAAGCAUCAAGGAUAAUAGAAGGAUCAUUAAAUUUCUUUUAUUUUUAGUUCACCUCACAUCCAUUGAUGAAAAGUUGGUUUAAUGUGGGUCUAAUUCAUUACAUGUAUUAGUUUAGAUGAAGGUGGACCUCAGAAACAAAAAUUUUGAAAAUAUUAAGAUCUAAAAUACUUCUUUAGUAGGAGCAAAUUUUGUAAGGUGCAAUUUUAGUGGAUCAUAGUUCAAUAAUGUCAACAUAAGUGGAAUAAAUCUGAAUGGCGCUAUAUUAUUCAAUUGUAAAUGGAAGAAUAUUAAGAUCCAUGAAUUGAAUAAAUUAGAUGGUCAUAGUGAUGGCGUCAAAUCAGUCUGCAUAUCACCUAAUCGAAAUACAUUAGCCUCUGGUAGUUUUGAUAUGUCUAUCCGUCUUUGGGAUGUCAAAACAGGAUAAUAAAAAGCAAAAAUAGAUGGUCAUACUAAUGAUGUCUACUCAGUAUGUUUCUCUCCUGAUGGAAAAACAUUAGCUUCUGGAAGUAGAGAUAAGUCUAUCCGUUUAUGGAAUGUCAAAACAGGAUAAUAAAAAGCAAAAUUAGAUGGUCAUACUAAUGAUGUCUACUCAGUAUGUUUCUCUCCUGAUGGAAAUACAUUAGCCUCUGGUAGUUUUGAUAAGUCUAUCCGUCUUUGGGAUGUCAAAACAGGAUAAUCAAAAGCCAAAUUGGAUGGUCAUACUGGAAAUGUUAAAUCAGUCUGUUUCUCUCCUGAUGGAAUUAUAAUAGCCUCUGGUAGUGAAGAUUAAUCUCUGCGCUUAUGGGAUGCGAAGAGUAAGAAAAAAAUAUUCAAAUUGGAUGACGAGACUAGCGUCACCUCAGUAUGUUUCUCUCCUAAUGGAAAUACAUUAGCUUUUGGCAGUGGCGAUUUAUCUAUCCGUCUAUCGGAUGUCAAAACAGGAUAAUAAAAAGUUAAAUUAAAUGGUCAUACUUCUUAUAUCAGUUCAGUUUGUUUCUCUCAUGAUGGAAAUACAUUAGCUUCUGGUAGUAGUGAUAAAUCUAUCCGUCUAUGGGAUGUCAAAACAGGAAAAUAAAAAGCCAAAUUAGAUGGUCAUUGUGGAUAUGUCUACUCAGUCUGUUUCCAUCAUGAUGGAAAUACUUUAGCUUCUGGUAGUAGUGAUAAUUCUAUCCGUUUUUGGGAUGUCUAAAUAGAAUAAUUAAAAGCCAAAUUAGAUGGUCAUACUAGUACUGUCUUCUCAGUUUGUUUCUCUCCUGAUGGACAUAUAUUAGCUUCUGGUAGUUAUCGAGAUAUUUUUUUCUGGGAUGUCAAAACAGGAUAAUAAAAAGCAAAAUUAGAUGGUCAUAUUAGCAUUGUCUACUCUAUCUGUUUCUCUCCUGAUGGAAAUACAUUAGCUUCUGGUGGUUUUCAUAAGUCUAUCCAUCUUUGGGAUGUCUAAACAGGAUACUUAAAAGCCAAAUUAGAUGGUCAUACUAACACUGUCUAAUCAGUCUGUUUCUCUCCUGAUGGAAAUACAUUAGCAUCUGCAGGUGGAAGAGGAAAUUCUUAUGAAUUAGAAGAUAACUCUAUUCGUCUUUGGGAUGUCAAAACAGGAUAAUAAAAAGCCAAAUUAGAUGGUAAUGAACAUUAUGUAAUGUCAAUCUGUUUUUCUCCUGAUGGAAAUACAUUAGCUUGUGGUAGUAAUGAUAACUCUAUCCGUCUUUGGGAUGUCAAAACAGGAUAAUAAAAAGCAAAAUUAGAUAGUCAUAUUAGCAUUGUCUACUCUGUUUGUUUCUCUCCUGAUGGAAACACAUUAGCUUCUGGUAGUUAUGAUAACUCUAUCUGUCUUUGGGAUGUCAAAACAGGAUAAUAAAAAGCCAAAUUAGAUGGUCAUAAGCAUUAUGUAAUGUCAGUCUGUUUCUCUCCUGAUGGAAAUACUUUAGCUUCUGGUAGUUAUGAUAACUCUAUCCGUCUUUGGGAUGUCAAAACAGGAUAAUAAAAAGCCAAAUUAGAUGGUCAUGAACAUUAUGUAAUGUCAGUCUGUUUUUCUCCUGAUGGAAAUACAUUAGCUUCUGGUAGUGUAGAUUAGUCUAUCCGACUAUGGGAUAUCAAAACAGGAUAUUAAAAAGUUUAAUUAGAUGGUCAUACUAGCACUGUCUACUCAGUCUGUUUUUCUCAUGAUGGAAAUAAAUUCGUUUAUGGUAUUUAUGAUGACUCUAUCCGUCUUUGGGAUGUCAAAACAGGAUCAGAAAUUUAAUCCUCUAAUGAAAUUUACAAAGAUCUAUUAAUAUAAUUUAAGAUACCAAACUCAUAAACUAAUCCUACUUUAGAAGGUAUUAUUGAUAUUUUUAUAAUUUUAGUUUUUAAUUACAUAACUACACUCCUUAUAUCCCAAAAGGUAUAAUUUCAAGCUAAAGGAGCUUUAAUUCUGAAAGGAGAAUUUAUAAAUUAAUCUGGUAUUGAUUUAAAGACAUUAUUCAAACAAAAAGGAAGUUACUUGUUAGAUGGCUUUAAGUAAAAGUGA